AUGUUCAAGGACGCACAGCUCUUCAUAGCAAAAUGUGAUUCGUGCCAGAAAAUGGGUAACAUAGGUCGACGAAAUGAAAUGCCUCAGCAGCCGAUCUUAGAAGUCAAAAUUUUUGAUGUCUGGGGAAUAGACUUCAUGAGACCCUUCAACCCACCCUCGAAUGGAAACAUGUACAUCCUAGUGGCAGUCGAUUAUGUCUCGAAAUGGAUAGAAGCAAUCGCCAUCCCGACGAACAAUCACAAGGUCGUAAUGAAGAUGUUCAAAAGCAUCAUUUUCCCGAGAUUUGGAAUCCCAAGAGUAGUAAUCAGUGAUGGAGGAACCCACUUCAUUAACAGGGUUUUCGAUGGAUUGUUGAAAAAGCACGGAGUCAAGCAUAAAGUCGCGACAGCUUAUCACCCGCAAACCAGCGGACAAGUGGAACUCCUAUACGGAAAAAACUGUCACCUUCCGGUCGAGGUUGAAUACAAAGUAAUGUGGGCGACCAAGCUACUGAAUUUGGACAUAAGGACUGCCCAAGAAAAGAGAGUAAUGGAUCUCCAUGAACUCGAGGAGAUACGGCUGGAGGCUUAUGAUAAUUUGAGGAUCUACAAGGAAAGAACCAAGACUUUUCAUGACAAGAAGAUUCGACACAAGGAUUUAAAAGCUGGAGACAAAGUCCUUUUAUUCAACUCGAAGCUUCGGAUAUUCCCUGGGAAGCUCAAGGCUAGAUGGUCAAGACCUUUCGAAAUUAAGGAAGUUCUUCCCUAUGGAGCAGUCACUCUACUAGGUAAAAGUAAGAAUGAAUUCAUUGUGAAUGGGCAAAGAGUAAAGAAAUACAUGGCAAAUGAGAGCACAUAG